UUGCGGAAGAGACCUCUCGGAGAGAGUUGUCGAGUCGAUUGCCUUGUAAAUGGAAAUGGCGACUUUCCCCGCCGCGUCAUUAACGUCCAUCUCCUUAAAGGGGUUAUUUUGUUUCUUUAUUUUACAGUUAUCAUGUAUUGAACCAUUAACCGCCGUGUCAGAACCAGGCAAAUGGAUCUUGAGGGUGGACAACAACCUGCUAAAAAAUGAGCAGUACUUUGUUUUUCCGAAGACCAUGUUCAACAACACCGUCAUAGAACUGAAAUGGACGCCACACUGCCCGGACACCAACGUCAGUCUGACUGUGUCCUGGUACCUGCGAAGCUCGCGGUGCUACGACGAAAUCUUCACUAGUGCACUUGGUCAGUACUUUGACUCGGACAGAGUGUUGCAGACGGGGGGUACUGGCUCCUACAUCACUCAUCGUUACAACACCAUCCUGUGUUCGUCACACGCGGCUCCAAUGGCGUUUGUAUUGCAGAAAUAUGACACUCCACAAAAGCUGAAAGAUUUGGAAAAUGUGCAGCAGCCGACAGGGGAGGGGCGUCGCAGGCGGGACACAGCUGGUGCUGAGGCUGGGAAGCCUGAACAAAACCCAGCAGAAGCUGCAGCGGUGCCUGCAGCGGUGCAGCAAGCUGAGAAGCCGCCUGCAAAGGAUGUUGAGAAGGAGGCUGCCAAGGAGACUGCAAAGGAGGCCCCUGUAAAGAACGCCCCUGCUGAAGCCAAGCCAGCAGAAAACAACAAGGCUGUUGCAGCUAGUGAACGGCCCCACUAUGCCAUAGCGCGCACCUGGGAGGACGCCCCCUACCUCUUCAUCCUGCACAUCUCCAGUGACAAGCCAGAGGCCAAAUGGGACGCACAGUUUGAGAUCAGCAUGCGAGGCCCCCAUGACUUCAUCUCAGCCUCUGAAUGGCCCCUCAUGAUCUUCUACAUGGUCAUGUGCAUCAUCUACGUGGUGCUGGGGGUGCUUUGGCUGGCCUUGUCGGCCUGCUACUGGAGGGACCUGCUCCGCAUCCAGUUCUGGAUAGGAGGCGUCAUCUUCCUGGGCAUGCUGGAGAAGGCCGUCUUCUACGCAGAGUUCCAGAGCAUACGCUACGACGGCCUGUCAGUACAAGGAGCGGUGGUGUUUGCUGAAAUUCUGUCUGCUGUGAAGAGAACUUUGGCUCGAGUUCUUGUCAUCAUUGCCAGCCUGGGAUAUGGCAUCGUCAAGCCUCGUCUGGGGGCUCUGCUGCACAGGGUGGUGGGCGUGGGUAUGCUCUACCUCAUUUUCUCCAUUGUGGAGGGAGUGCUGCGCGUCAACUCAAAGGAUCAGGACAACUCCAGUCGGUUGCUGUGUGACGUUGUGCUGGCCGUCACUGACUCCUGUAUUGUCUGGUGGAUCUUCAUCAGCCUGGCCCAGACCAUGAAGCUGCUGAGACUGAGGAGGAACGUGGUAAAGCUCUCGCUCUACAGGCACUUCACCAACACACUCAUCUUCGCGGUCAUUGCCUCUGUGAUCUUCAUCGUGUGGAGCACCCACACCUUCAAGUUCUCCAAAUGUCAAUCGGACUGGAGGGAGUUGUGGAUAGAUGAUGCCUUCUGGCGGUUCCUGUUCUCCACCAUCCUGCUGGUCAUCAUGUUCCUAUGGAGGCCCUCCGCCAACAACCAGAGGUAUGCGUUCAGUCCCCUGGUGGAUGAGGAGAGUGAUGAGGAAGAGAAGGAACAGCUGGUCAACGAUGCUUUUGAGGGGGUUAAGAUGAGGGGAAUGAAAGCAGAAACUAAUGGAGCUGCCAAGCCUAAUAAAGUGGAUGAAGACCUGAAGUGGGUGGAGGAGAACAUCCCCUCAUCGAUGGCUGAUGUUGCACUACCUCCUCUGCUGGAUUCUGAUGAGGAGGCGGUGGCAACCAAAUUCGAGAUGUCGAAAAUGGAGUAGUGUGGCGGCUUGACUGUACUAUGUAAUGUAAAUACUGGUGUGUGUGUGUGUGUGUGCUUGAAUGUGUGCUUGUGUGCGUGUUUGUGUGUGUGUGUGUGUGUGUGUGUGUGUGUGUGUGUGUGUGUGUGUGUGUGUGUGUGUGUGUGUGUGUGUGUGUGUGUGUGUGUGUGUGUGUGUGUGUGUGUGUGUGUGCGUGUGUGUGUGUUUUCGUUGUUGUGGGAGAUGGCAGGCGAUGCUACAAGAAUGUUUGCUUUUUUGUGCACCUGUGUGUGUGUGUGUGUGUGUGUGUGUGUGUGUGUGUGUGUGUGUGUGUGUGUGUGUGUGUGUGUGUGUGCGCGUGCGCGCACACGCGUGUUGACGUUGAAGAUUGUAGGGAAUGCCGUUUGUGUGUGUGUGUGUCUGUCUGCCUGCCUGUCUUUCUGUCUGUCUGUGUGUUUCUUUUACCCCCAGAGUACAAGUUUCAUAAGCGUCUUAUGUACAUACGACUGACAGAAGGCAGUGUGGCUUACUGAUGAUGUGAGGGACUUUUUAUUUCCUUCUUAUGGCUUUGUUUGUAUUUAUUUUUUCACUGGAAACGGCUCUGUUCUUUUAAUAAUAAUAAUUUUGUUACGGACUGUACCAUGCCUUUUGACUGUUGUUUACAUAUAUGAAGUCAAUAAAAAACAACAUCACGGUUGGCUGUAAC